UAAUGCAAUGAUGCCUCUCGUGCCUUAUUAAAUCCCUGACAGCAGUCUCCGUUCCUCCAUUCCAUAGCCCCACCCCUUCCUCAUCUCCACCCCUCAGCCACCGUAGGAGAGAUGGUUGCUUGUUCCGUUUCUCCGGUGCUAUGGCUCUGCUUGCUGGGCCUCGUCUUUGACGGCGCCAUGGCUGCAGCACCCAGGAAACCCAUAGAUGUGCCGUUCCAGAGGAACUAUGUGCCCACAUGGGCUUACGAUCACAUCAAGUACAUCAAUGGUGGCAAUGAGGUCCAGCUCUCUUUGGACAAAUAUACAGGCACUGGGUUCCAGUCAAAGGGCUCUUACUUGUUCGGCCACUUCAGCAUGCAGAUAAAAUUGGUUCCUGGUGAUUCUGCCGGAACGGUGACUGCAUUCUAUUUGUCAUCUCAGAACUCAGAGCAUGACGAGAUAGACUUCGAGUUCCUGGGCAACAGGACCAACCAGCCCUAUAUUGUGCAGACCAAUGUCUUCACCGGGGGGAAGGGAGACAGGGAGCAGAGGAUCUACCUCUGGUUUGACCCGACCAAAGAUUACCAUUCCUACUCCGUUCUUUGGAACAUGUACCAGAUUGUUUUCUUUGUAGAUGACGUCCCCAUCCGAGUGUUCAAGAACUGCAAGGACCUGGGGGUGAGGUUCCCCUUCGACCAGCCCAUGAAGAUCUACUCCAGCCUGUGGAACGCCGACGACUGGGCGACGAGGGGCGGCCUCGAGAAGACCGACUGGUCCAAGGCCCCUUUCAUCGCCUCCUACCGCAGCUUCCACGUCGACGGCUGCGAGGCGUCGGUGGAGGCCAAGUUCUGCGCCACCCAGGGACGGCGGUGGUGGGACCAGAAGGAGUUCCAGGACCUCGACAGCCUGCAGUACAGGAGACUCGACUGGGUCCGCCACCAGUACACCAUCUACAACUACUGCACCGACCGGUCCCGCUACCCGGUCAUGCCACCUGAGUGCGGUAGGGAUAGAGAUGUGUGAUUCGUUCCCAUCCCUUUUACCAUCUCCUGAGACCUCCUGGUUCCGCACCCACACCCUCUCUUUUGAUCCUCUAAUCGUCACCGCUGGUACGCAUACAACCUGUACUGGUAUUGUAUUGUAUUGGUGGUCAAGAUAUACGACAUAUAUGAUGCCUCUACUUUUCCAUGAAUGUCCGUUUUCUGUAUCUAUUAAUAUACAAUAAGGGGAAGGGUUCCUUCCUCCAACUACAU